AUGGGGCUGCGGGGCCCGAACCUGGCGGCGGUGGACGGCAUCCCGGGCCCGGCGGAGCUUCCGGCGGAGCUGAGCUACGAGGCGCUGCAGCGGGCGGCCCUGGGCGUCGCCGCGGCGCUGCAGCGCCGCCCGGAGCUCCGCGCCUCGGCGCCGGCGGCGCCGGGGGUGCUGGGCAGCGCGCUGCGGCGGGGCAACGACUUCUAUGCGCUCUUCCUGGCCUCGAGCUACUGCUACUGCCCCUUGGUGGCUCUCAGCGAUGACCUCCAGGACAAGGCGCACGAGAGGCAGCGCAACGAGCAGAUCCUCUUGGAGCUGCAGCCGCGGCUCCUGGUGGUCCACGACGUGACGGACCCGCUCCCGCUGGCGGUUCCGCUGGUGUGCUUCCGGGACCUUCUGAGCAUGGAGACCUUCCACCCGGCCUCAGCUCCCGAUGCAGAGGCCACCCUCUGCUUCCAGUACACCGGAGGCACCACCGGGGCAUCGAGAUGCUGCAAGGCGAGCCACGGCAUGGCGCUCUGGGAGAUUGCCAAGUACCGGGAGGUGGUCCACUUGGACCCCGCCCACCGAGUCUUGCAACAGCACUCCGUCUACUGGGCGGCGUCCAUGUUUGGCGAGAUCGACAUCGCCUUGGCCUUCGGCGCCGCGCUGGUCUUCGUGGUGGCCACGGGGCUGGAGGACCUCAAGGAGCAGAUCAACCGGCACCAGGCGAGCUGCGCGGGGCUGGUGCCUUCGCUGUUGGAGGCGCUGCAGCCGGCGCAGGUGCCCUCGCUCCGGGUGGUCUUCACCUGGGGCGAGGCGUUGGACACCAAGGUGGCGGUGCACUGGGCCUCCGCGCCGGAGCUGCAGCUGGUGGAUCUGCUCAUCGCCACGGAAUAUUGGCUCUCGCUCUAUGCAAACUGGACCACCUGGUCUGCGAGGACCUCCAGGACCGGCGAGCGGCCCGGCUUCCGCGCCGUGAGCGGCGUGCGCCUCCGCCUCGGGGCGGAGGACGGGGAAUCUGGGGAGCUGCUCUUGUCUGGGCCCAUGGUGAGCCCUGGGUACUUGGACCCCAAGGCUACGGCGGAGAACUUCCUGGAGGAGCGAGGCAGCAGGUGGUACCGGAGCCGCGACGUGCUGCAGCGGCGCGGGGAGGAGUACUUCCACUGCGGCCGGGCGGACGACCUGGCGAAAGUGGGCGGCCUGUGGGUUGACACGAGGCAGGUCACAGAGAGCCUGCGCGAAGUACCAGGUGUUACGGAGGCCUGCAUCCACAGCAAGGCAGCCUUCGUGUGCCUCGAGAACUCCGAGGCGGUGCCGCUGCUGCGCCGCCGCCUGCCGCCGGACCACGGGCUCUUCGUGGUGCGCGGUCCUCUCCCUCGUGCGCCCACAGGCAAGGUGGACCGACGCGCGGUGAGCAUCUUGGCGGGGGUGCAGCACGCAACCCCCGGCUGCCGCCUGCUGGGUGCCGACCAAGCGGAAGUGCUGCACCAGCUGAAGCACCUGCGGCUGCUCAGGAGUUGGCUCUCGCCGCUGUGCCUACUGGUCCUCGGCCCGCUCUGGCACCUCGCCGCUUCUGAGAAGGACCUUACCUCCUGCAUCUGGAGUUGCGCAGAGCUUGUCCUUCGCACCGUGCUUCUCAGUUAUUUGUUCCUGUCUUUGCUCUACCACGACGGGCUCCUACGCCUGCUGGGAAGAUAUGUUCCCUUUGGCCACGUCAUGGCCGUGGUCUUGUGGGCAGGGCUUGUGCCGCUUUGGCUACUGGCUGCCAGCGCUGUGGACGGCGCCGUGCACGCUGCCGGACGAAGGCGCCUCAGCUCCUGGCCCAUGGUCUUCCUCGUGGGCUUCCCGAGGUGGGCACGAGACUCCGGGAACUGGUGGUAUCAAAGCUCUGGGCGCAAUGUGCUGGACUGGUACAAGCGCUCGCUGAAGGCGGAUUACCAUGAGCUGCAGAAGAAGCUGCCGUCUUGCCUGAAGCGCAAAAGGGUGUGCCACCACUGCAAGAAGCCGACCAUGGACGGCAAAGUGGACCCCAAGGAUUCGAAGUGGUACUGCGAUGCCUGCUGGAAGUAUUACGACAACCACUGGGCUUGCCAAGACUGCAAGCUCUGGGUCGUCAGAGGCCGACGGAUUGCGGGCAAGUGGCUUUGCCUGAAAUGUGCCGAGAAAGCCGCGGCGAAUCCGCCGGUGCCGCCGGUGCCGCCAGUGCCGCUGGCGGUGCCUUUGUUGGAGGCAGAGGCCGAACCGCCAAUCAAGCGGCAAAGAGUUGAUGAGAGCUGGGUUCAGCACUACCAGCCUCCGUCGCAGGAGGUCAGGUCCGCUGCUGCCCCGGCCCAUGCCGCAGACGCGGCCGCGGGGCCGGGCAACAGCACGCCCCGGGCGCAGCGGACGAUGGCGCUUCCUUGCUUAGCGAGCCCAGACGAGCCGAUGGUAGCGAGCGGCGGAAGCGCCGACGUGGAGAAGUGCGACGUUUGGCGCUUCGUGGAAGAGACCUUGGACUGGCGCUUCGACUCGGAGGAUGAGCCCUUGGGCAUUGACUCCUUGAGGUGGACCAAGUUGGCGAGCGCCCUGCAGCGCCGCGGCAGGCUACUGCCGCCGCGGGGGCAGGUGCGGACGCUAGGCGAGCUGCUGCGGGGCAUUCAGACUCUGCCGGAGAUCCUUCACACCCAUGAGGCGGGCUCCAGAGGACGUGGGCCAGGAGUGGCCGGCCUGGGGCAUGAUGUGGAGCUCGGUUUGCACCUGGAAGAUGCUGUGCCAGCGCUGGGGGCCCGGUCUCAAGUGGGGCCGUGGGGCCGUGGCGCCGACUCCGCUGACCAGCUGGAUGGGAUGUAG